GUCAAAACGUUAGUAGGAUACUAACUGAAAUCUCAAACGGCAAUACUUUUCUUGACGCACCAUUGAAACCACCCAACUGUGAAAAAAAACCCAACAACAUUGGCCCAACAAGGUGGCCAAUCGCCGUUGGGGGGAAGGUGAGGUGGGGAUCAACCGAAUUGUGCUGGGCUAAAAUGAAGUAUUGGAACACAUAAAGUCAUUUCUGACAUUUAGUUGGGAGGAUUUGGAUGUGAAGACCAAGACACUCCAUUCAUUAUAAACUCAAUGUUCAAUAAAUUGUGGGUAAACGGAGUUUUGAUUGAAUGUCCCUUCAUUUAUUAAAAAUAAGAUUGGUUUCGUGUCCUCGAAAAGAAUUGCAUUAUUAAAUUGCAAAACUUUAAGGUAAGAUAAUAUAUUAUUUAACGUUGAUUAUAAUUUAAAAUAGACGUAAGACAAGUUUGUUUAAAUUUUCUCUUCUAUAUUUCAGAGAUAAUUUUAUAGAGAAAAGAAAGAAAAAUCAAAUUUUAAUCUCAUUAAAAAAUUUUGCUUUUUACAGUUUUGAUGGUUUCAACAAUUUGAUCAUGUUUUAUGAAUGCAGUUAAAUCCUUUCAAUGUGUAUCAAUUAAGAAAUAAAUAGCCCUUUCAACAUUAUAGACAUAGUUAAGCUUGAUAAUUAAAAGAUGAAAAGUAUAACUUAAAAUUUUCCAUUUCAUUUUCGUUUUACUUUAACUUUAAUUAUAUUCUUUAAUCCUAGGAGGUAAAUAUUACCAUUGUGGUCAUCGUGGAUAUUAUGUUAUUUAAAAACAAAAAUUAUAUUGAUAAUUGUCAGAAAUACCACAAGCGUUGCAUAAUAAAAUAAAUAAGACUGCAAAGAAUUGAUCAAUAAUCAAUAUAUUCAUGUCAGAAUUUAAUGGGUUUUUUUUUGUACAUAUAAAGCUGUUUCAAAAGUCUUUCAGCUUUCAAGCUAAAAGUGUUAUAGACAAUUUUAAUGAUUUAUAUAUUAUUCUUAAAAUAUACAUUCAUAGUAUAUAUAUUUUUGUACCGUAACAACUGUAUUCGUACCCGUAGUAUAUUAUGUACCCGUUUUAUAUUUUGUGCAUCAUCUCCAUUAAUUUUGUGUAGGGCAUUGAACAAUACAGACUUUGUGUCUUAAAUACGUGUACAUUUAUUCUUCAAAGCCCUGUAGGGACCGAAAUCUAAAUAAACAAUAAACAUUCUUCGAUAUCGUUUUCCGUUGUAUACAAAAAUAUUCAAAGUACAUAAUUAAAUUAUAUUCUGCCUUUCCAUAUUAAUAGUUUCAUAAAUAUAUUUUAAAUAAUCAGAAAUAAAAUAAAAAAAUUUUUGGUUUGUAUGUCCAGUCAAAUGUUACAAGUUUAUAUUCUUAAUUAUUAUUUACAGUCGUCCCUCUCCACAAAAAUGUCACUUCUGCUAUUGUUACUGACCACCUGGUCAGUGUUAGGACGUGGUCAGUCAGAGCCGGAGCUGACAUUUCAUUUUGUGGCGCCUGGUACCGGACGUGUCCCAGAAACACUGGACGUCGGGAUAGAGCAACAGAUGGAUCAUCAGUAAGUGCAUGGGAUAGUUGAAGAAUUAUUGAGUUAAAGAAUUUCAAAUCAUACGUGAGAGAUAUCCGGAUUUUUAUGAAUUAAAAUAAAAACUAGAAAAUAUUGUUAAAGGAACAAAAAAAAAAAAAGAUAACAUCUUUAUGUAAUUAUGGUUGAAAUUAAAAGUAGCAAACUAUUUUGAGCACAAGUUUCCAUUGCUUUUAAAAACUUAAUAAUAACCUCGCUUUUGUUCGGGGGUGGCUGGCUGUCUGGCUGACUGACUGGCUGGCUGGCUGGCUGUCAAGCUGCCUGGCUGAUUGACUGGCUGACUGACUGACUGGCUGACUGACUGACUGGCUGGCUGACUGUCUGGCUGUCUGGCUGACUGACUGGCUGGCUGGCUGUCUGGCUGACUGACUGGCUGUCUGGGUGGCUGGCUGCCUGGCUGGCUGUCUGGCUGAUCUGGCUGACUGACUGGCUGGCUGGCUGUCUGGCUGCCUCGCUGGCUGUCUGGCUGGCUGUCUGGCUGACUGACUGGCUGUCUGGCUGGCUGGCUGUCUGGCUGGCUGUCUGGCUGCCUGGCUAACUGACUGGCUGGCUGGCUGGCUGUCUGGCUGCCUGGCUGGCUAUCUGGCUGGCUGUCUGGCUGACUGACUGGCUGGCUGGCAGGCACAUUUCUUUGGACGGCUUAUUGAACCACUUCCCGUGAACUUAUCGAGCUGAAACUUUACACAUAGACUCAUUACCGAUGAUAACACAUACUUUUAAACUUGCCUCCCAUUCAGAAAUGGUCAUGCUCUUUCAAAAGAUAUAUCGCCCUGAAAGUAAAUUUUUCCCCCAGGCUGCUCUCAAAGGUUUUUAUGUUGCCAACUGGACUCCCCGUGAUACAUGGCACUCCUCCCCCUUUGCUAGUUAUAAUAUAUGUGAUGGUUUUAGGUCUGUCAGUUAGCCUUCCAUGGUCACGAUCCAUCAUCAAAUCAAUGUUUCGACAAGUUGUUAACAAUGUAUUACAUUUAAGUAAAAUAAUUUUCGGGGGUUGGGAUGACAAUCCUCAGUUUUAAAUAAAAAUUAUGUCAUUUUUGUUGAGGUGUUUCUCUGUAAGUAAAAAAAAAAAAAGUUAUGAAGAUUUAUCUUUUUCUCAUCAACUUUUCAGAUUCUUUAAAUCCAUGUGCAGGUCUAUCGGUAACGAGGUAACACUCCGCGUUAGCUUGGUAGACGGCUCGAUACAUUUCUUGGAUGAGAAUUCAGGACUCUCCAAUUUAACUGACGGGGCGAUGUCUUGUCUCCCGGUUGGCGUGAGUAAUCCAAUCAAAUGCACAGAGUCCAGCUUCUGUAACCAAGAAAGCGAUUGCACGGCCACGCUGGUGUCGGUGUGCCCCAAACAUGGGGCUUCAACCACUUGGAUGAUGACGCAAAACGUUGACGUCACGCUGAGCGUUGUCGGUGACGAUCUUGUCAUUUCUCGUUGUUAUGCCAUGUGUGAGAAUAGUUACCAGCAACACGUGCAGGGCGAUGAGGAUGAAAGUGGCAUAUCAAACCUAGCACUUGGGCUAAUAAUAGCCGGGGUAAUCCUUGGUGCUUUUCUGCUUGUUAUUGGUGUGAUUUUUUGGAAAUUCAAAGACCAGAGCAUGAUCAGUAGGUCGGUGGAGAAACUAUAUCAAAGCAGAUCUGUCGAAUCCGUUCAGGCCCAGAAAAGCAAGCGUGAAGAUAGUAUAAAAGUCAUCACAUCAAAAUCAUAAGGCAUCUGCAGAUAUCUGAGCACCAUAUUAAAAAAAAACCAGCAAACUAUAAAUUGGAUGCGUAAUGAAACUUCAGACAUGAAAUCAUCGAUAAUUUAUAUUAAAAUAAAAGAGCAAAAUGUAGUGUUAUGUAAAAAAAUGUAAUUUAUAGCAUUUUCGUGAAGUUACCAGACUUACCUAAAUGAAGCAAUUGUAAUAUUGGCAUCAUAGUUUGUUUGUUUUUUGUUUUUGUUUGUAAUUUAUUUGUGUUAGUGAAUUCCACAGAGUUGAAAUUAAUAAAUUCUAUUUAAAAAAUAAUAAUUUAAGUAUGUAUAAUUUAAGAAACAAAUUAUCUAUACGCUAUGUUCUAUUGAC